AGAGAAAUCCAGAAAUUAAGAGAGAAGAAAAGAGAAAGAGAGAGUGCAAAAGCAAACUCUCUUUCUUGGAUCUCACAAUACAUGUUAGAGUGAUAUUAAACUCUAAUUAUACAUACCCUUUUCUUCUGUAUAUUCAUCAUUAUCUUCCAUUUCCUAAUUAGUGGUUAUAUCUUAGACCACAGGUUUUUCUCUUAAAGAUCCUUUCUCCUUCAUCUUCUGUAAGAAUAUGAAUUGGUCUCGAGCAUUUUCAUCACCGGAACUAGUACCACCUUCGACAAAUUAUAACGAAAAUCCAGAAGAAUGUAGUUUAGAAGGUGUUUCAACGAAUGUUAAGCUACUACUAAAACUAAUCCAAGAUCAUAAUGAGGCAAGCACAAAAGACAGUGACGAACGCAUGCUGCUAAGAGUGGCCGGAAUGAUAACAAUCGUUGAUGAUGUUAAAUCCCGGAUUGAAAAUUUUCAAUCUUCUGGAAAGAAAAAGGAGCUUAGGCGGUGCUACACAGAUGUUAAGCAUAAUGCUCCAAAGGACAAAAAGUCACAAGAUCCAGAAACUGAUGAGAAAGAAAGGUUAAGAAAAGAACUCAAUGCAAGCUUGGCAGCACAAAAGAACCUUGAAGUAAUGUGUUCAAGUUUGGGAAAGGAGAAGGAUAUUAUUGCAUCAGAGCUUGCAAGAAAGGUCCAAGAAUUGAAUGGCAUGGAGGAACUUACUAAUGAUCUUAAAGCGCAAAAUGAGAUUUUGUUAGGCAAAUUGCAAACUUGCAAAGAAGAACACAAAGAGAAGAAGUCUGGUGGGAUGGAGGCUCAAGGGAAUGCAUCUCUUCUAGAGCGAAACAAGACGCUUGCAGAGAAAUUACUCAAGUCACUUGAUGCGUAUCGAUCCUUAAAGAGAAAGUUUAAAGAUACAAAAGAGGAAAACAUUGCUAUUCUUGCAGCAAUGGAAGAAAUGAGGAUGGAAGUUAAAGCUGGCCUUGAUAGAAUAUGCAGCUUGAAGCAACGAAUGGCCGCCUCAAAGAAUAAACAACCAGUGGAUGAUGUUGAAGAGGAGAUUUCAGCAUUAGAGCACUUGUUUGAGGGCAUUAAUAUGAAAAUAACAAAGUACAGUCACAAUAAGAAGAGUGAUUGUGUCAAACCGAAAGCUGGGAUCAAUGCCAGUAACCCUUCUGUUCUAGCAUGAGAAGAAAGGGUAUUAUUAUCAGCUAUAAAAACCAGGCAUGACUGGUUUGGUUUUUUUUUUUUUUUCUUUUUCCCUUUUCUCUUUAAGUCUUCGAGACAGGGAAAAAACACACUAGUAUUUACCUUGGAAUUAUAGAAAAUAAGAAGGAAGCAACUGUAAGGUGUCAAAGGAGACUCAUGGCACAUUGUUGUUAAUGUGCAAUCGACUAAUUCAGGUUUCUAGAUUAAGUUCACUGUAUACCUGAUAUAGUUCCCUAGAAAGUUGUAUAAUUCCAAAAUUUUCUUCUCUUUUUCCCCGUCUUCUUGAAGGGAAAUUAACAAAGCCCUUGUUAAUUCUUAUAGAUGGGCACCUGAUAUUG